ACAUUAUAGACAAGUGUGUUAUAUUGUCCUACUCUAUCAGUAGAUAAUAAUAAUACAAUUUAGAUAAGAUAUCAUCAUGAUGAAUAGUACAACAUCAACAACAACAACAAGCUCUCUGGGUGAAUAUUCGGAGCAAAAAUCCACUACUACUAACCAUCAUCAUCACUCCAUUCCCUUCUCAAUGCCAAAUAUUGUGAAUAAUACCUUCCAUACUAAUUUUGAAGCUUCUCUGUUACCUUUUACUUUUGCUCCUCCCCCAAGUAGAUUCUUCUCUUUGCUUCAUCAUGAUUCUGAUGAUGAUCGUCGUCACCAUCCCUAUGAAGAUAAUCAGUAUAACCAAAAACCAUCAAAAGUAAUUAUAACCAAUAAUAAUGCAAGUGUUCAUCAACAACAGACAAUUGCAAACAACAAUACUACUACUACUACUAAUAGUGGUUGUUCAAAUUGUUCCUCCUCAUCCUCACAUUCAUGUUCUAACAAUUUGCAGCAACAACAACAACAGCAAUUAUCAUCAUCAGUUAGUAACAAUGUUUUUGUUCCUAACCAAUGCUCUUCCUCCUAUAAUUAUAAUUCAUCGACAUGUAACAAUAAUUCGGAUAGUAUUAGUAGUCAAAGAAAACGAUCAUCAUCCUCAGCCAGUAAUAAGACUAAUACCUCCUCUACCACAACAAAAUCCCAACAAGAACAAAUUGUAAAUAAGAAUCAGGAAUUACUCGACGCUCCUGCUAGUGUACUCUUGUUGGAGCCUCCUUCAUUAUCUACCAUUAUUGACGAUCAUCACCCAACCAUUCCAACCUCUGCCUAUUACUUGAAGAAACAAGAAGAAGAAGAAUAUGGACCAAAUAAUAAUCCAUCACUGCUGACUACUUCUCCAAAACAUGCUCUUGAUUUCAAGAAGAGAAGUUUCUCGCAUGAAGCUGAAGAAAUUAGUGUUGAAAAUUGUGAUGAGAGUGUUUGUUUAACGUGUGGAUGCGAAGAGGAUAAGGUUGAAGCCGAAUUGAGAUUACAAGAUAAAUUGGAGAGAAAAAGUCACAAGAGACGUAUGGAAGGAAGUGAUGAGGAUGAACAAAUGUCAGACGAUAAUACUUCUUCAACCACUGAUAAUUCUACCAAGAAGAGAAAAAUGUUGUCAAAAGUGGAAAAUUUGGAAGCACUGUCAAGUGUUUUACAUCAACUAGAGCCAGAUUGUGUUUUACAUAUUUUCGAAUUUUUGAGUUUUUCUGGUAAGGACUAUUGGUUUACUGAUAUCAGAAAUAUGUAUGGUAGAUUUAGGUAUAAUAACCAAAUUCUGCCAUUAUUCAAAUUUGUUACAAUUGAGCAACAUAGUCCUUUAACUCUAGAUGAAACUAAUAACCAUGGAGCAAUUAAUUGCAACAUCCAAAGCCUUACAAUAGAAAGAAGAACAAACCAACCAUUGGAAUGUGAAACUGGUUAUCUGAAAAAGCUUGGAAAUGCUCUUAAAACAUUUAUUUAUUACAACAGAAGUACUAAUUUAUCUAAAAAUGUCUCUAAUCUUGCCAUCUCAAUGAUGUCUGACGAACAGAAUGGAAAACCUAAUCAAACUGAUGUAAUGGGUUAUCUGUCCUCGGAAGAUGAAGUUGAUUUAUCAAGCUUUGAGCUUAUCGAAGACGAGAAUAGUCACGUUAUUGGUUUGAAGAGAAGAGCUCGAUCUGAGGGAUCUUGCUUUUUGAGAGAAGUUUAUAGAAAUUGUAGAGUUUUGGAAAAACUGAAGAUUGUCGAUAUUAAGGGAUACGUUCCUUUCAAAGUAUCCAUGAGACCUGGAACUAAUAGACCAGUCGAUUGUUUAGCAUUCACCAAUACUCUUACGAAGAUAAGAUUGUAUAAUUGUAUGCUUCCUAAUCACACUUUGCAAGCUAUAUCUAAAAUGGUCAAUUUGAAGAGUUUGCACUUUGAAAAGAUAUUUGUGAGUGAUCCAAAUCAAUAUGAUGUACUAUUGAAAUUGCGUAAUUUGGAAGUUUUGAAGAUUGAAGUCUCUGAACUCCCACUAACAGUAUUGAGAAACCUUCCUACUAGUUUGUCCAAGUUAACAAAACUCUAUAUUAAUGUCCUUUCUAAUGGUAGCUUCGAUGAGAAUCUCAGAGUUGAUCAGUUAAAGGAACUCAGAUACCUGGCGUUGGUGAGCCACUUUAAAGUUGACUUAUUGUCAAUAAUGAGAAAUUGUCAAAAGUUGAAACAUUUACAUUUAGGAUUUGAUGUUUGCUUUAAUCACAUAUUCCCUAAUGAAAGACUUGCUAGCUGUAUUUUGAGAAAUGUCUUCAUUUCUCCAGACAGAUCCAAAGUACUCAUCCAAAACAACACCCUAGUCAACUUACAACUUUCCCCAGCAAGUAUCAGAGCCGCACAAAAAGAGCUUACCUUUAUCAAACAACAACGACAAGCCCUUGGUAAACCAACUCUUUCCAUAACAGAGUUUUCACAGUAAUAAACCAUAAGCUUCUUAUGAA